CAUUUUCGAAAAUUGCCAUCUUUUACCACCUUACCUACAACAAUCUCUGAUACCAUCCAUGGAAUUUACCUCAAUUAAACCACAAAAGUCAAAAUCCACCAUGCCUUUUCGUUACCUUGGAACUCCAUUUUUCUUUCUUACAAGUUGCGAGCUAUGAGCCUAUGACGCCCUUAACCACAUAAAUUUUCCUUAAAAAUCCGAAUUUUGAAUCAAUCAUCCUUUGAUUGCCUUACCCUCUUCCCCUUCUUGCUUAUCCUCAAUCUUUGAAGGGAUUUCACCGUCACUCAACAGUCACGUUGCUUGCCGCCAUUUCUGCGACCGACGAAGUCAUCAAUUUCAUGGUUGUCCUCCAAUUCGUUACUAGAUCGAAUUACACGAAAAGGGUUUGAAGUUUUUUUGUCUCCGAGCUAAGUUCUUUCUAGUUUUAAAUGGCUUCUAUUUCCGGACUUGCUUCUUUUAUGAAUUGUAUUUCUGUUAAUAGAAACCCUAAUCGUUUAAUUCCCCAAGUUUACGGAAGCUUUACUGUUAAUUCCUGCAAUAGGGUUUCGAUUACAAACAGAAACCCUAUCCAUAUUGGGAAAUUACGUGAACCUAGGUUUUAUAAAGCGGUGGAGUUGGAUACGUUUGUAACUAGUGACGACGAAGACGAAAUGAGUGAAGGUUUCUUCGAAGCAAUUGAGGAAUUGGAGAGGAUGACAAGAGAGCCAUCCGAUGUUCUCGAAGAAAUGAAUUCCAAAUUAUCCGCUAGAGAACUACAACUCGUUUUGGUCUACUUUUCUCAAGAAGGAAGAGACUCAUGGUGUGCUUUGGAAGUGUUUGAAUGGCUGAAGAAAGAGAAUAAAGUCGAUGAGGAGACAAUGGAGCUUAUGGUUUCUUUGAUGUGUGGUUGGGUUAAGAAACUGAUAGAGGGGAAACAUGAAGCUGAAGAUGUGAUUGCUCUUCUUGUGGAUAUGGAGUGCGUUGGGUUAAAACCUAAUUUUAGUAUGAUUGAGAAGGUGAUAUCAUUGUAUUGGGACAUGGGUGAGAAAGAUAAAGGGGUUUUGUUUGUGAAACAGGUUUUAAAGAGAGGAUUUGGUUAUGAAAAUGAUGAUAAUCAAGGGCGUAAAGGAGGUCCUACAGGUUAUCUUGCUUGGAAGAUGAUGGAAGAUGGAAAUUACACUGAUGCAAUUAAGCUAGUAAUCAACAUUAAAGAAUCCGGUUUAAAACCAGAAGUUUAUAGCUACUUAAUUGCAAUGACAGCUGUUGUAAAAGAGCUAAAUGAAUUUGGAAAAGCUUUACGCAAGUUAAAAGCCUUCACAAAAUCCGGAUUAUCUUCCGAUUUGGACACACACGACACACAACUCAUACAAAAUUACCAAACUACCCUUUUGGAAGACGGGGUGCGCUUAUCCAAUUGGGUAAUCGAAGAGGGCGGGCCGUCAUUUCACGGGGUUGUAUACGAACGGCUUUUAGCCAUGUACAUAUGUGCGGGGCGUGGGGUGGAGGCAGAAGGGCAAUUAUGGAAAAUGAAAUUAGUUGGAAAAGAAGCUGAUGGGAAUCUUUAUGACAUUGUGUUGGCUAUAUGUGCUUCUCAAAAGGAAAUAAAUGCAAUUUCAAGAUUGCUUACAAGAAUGGAGGUGACUAGUUUGUUAAACAAAAAGAAAAGUUUAACAUGGUUAUUAAGGGGUUAUAUUAAAGGCUCUCAUUAUGUGGAUGCUGCUGAAGUGGUGAAUAAGAUGCUUAAUUUGGGGGUGUACCCUGAGUUUCUUGAUAGGGCUGCUAUUUUGCAAGGAUUGAGAAAAAGAAUUAAUCAAAAGGGUAUUUUGGAAAGUUAUUUUAAGCUUUGCAAGAGGUUAUCGGAUGCAGGUUUGACUGGACCUUGUCUUAUAUAUAUGUAUAUAAAAAAAUACAACCUUUGGGUGAUCAAAAUGCUUUAAAUUGGUUCAAAACUAGAGGCAUAAAGAUCAUCAUCAUCAUGUAUAUGUGUAAUGUGUAUAGAGUUAAUAAUUCGAGUGAGGUCUAGUAAAGAUGUUGAUAUUGCAUGUUUUAUAGGUAUCUUGUAAUUUUGAUUUUCAAGACUCCGAAAUAUGUAUUUGUGGCAUCUUUUGAUUGCAAAAAGGUGGAUGACAUAAGAGUUAUGUGCC